ACAAAUCUUUAUUUGGUUUCCCUCGUAUUUCACUUUCAUAUUUUCUAAUCAAAAUUCCAGCCCUUCCUUUCGUUUUUCUACGACAACUCUCUGUAAUUUCUAGGGUUUUGCUUCGCCUACUUGCAUUUGAUUUUUGUGACAACAGAUUGCCUAAAACGACUGCUUCUCAGCCUCGUUUGCUUUGGUUUUCUUCCCUACAUUCAGCCCUAACUACGCUUAACCCAUGGGAAGCAUCAAUUGCUGCUCUUCUAAUGAUAAUAGCCAUUGCAUCACUCACUAUCCAUGUUGUUUAUGUCCAACAAACACUGAAGAAGAGAAAGAAGGUUAUGGAAAUGGAAAAAUUCACAGGAAAAUACAUACUCAAUCACAAAACGGUUAUUGAUGUGAAGAACAUACUUGUUCUUUUUUGGGUUUGUCUUUGUUCGAGUGGUGUUUACUUCUUUAGACUCUAUUUUGAAAUUCUGUUGGAAUCGACUAAUGUUGUAGCAUCGCCUAGGUCAGGCCUAUUCUUGGCUGUUAUUCAUGUUGCUUGGAUGGCUAUUUUUAUAUUUGGGGGUGUUGCUGCUGUGGAGUUUAAUCUCAAUCCAAAAAGGAUUUAUAGUGUUUCCAUGAUGGAGAAGAUGAUUGCAAGCUUUGAUGAUUAUAACAACAAACACAAUUUUAUUAUCUCCAAUGUUUAGUUAUAGGGUUUCACUUUUUUUAUUUUUAAAUUGUAAUUGUAAUAUUAUGUUUCUAGAUAAAAGACACGUGUAAUUCCAAUAUAGUUUUACCUUAGAGAAAAUUAUACUCUAUACUCUUUU